AUGCUAAACACAGAAAAUUCUCAGCGAGUCCUUCCUUCACCGGAAGAAAUCUAUAGUGACAGCUCAUCAGAGUCUAUGAGAGGCAAGUCUGCUCAUGAAACUAAAGAAAAUAGUUCAGGACUUCUCUCCCGCAUCAGAGCGGUUCGAGCUUCUGCAGAUGAUUAGAUUUAGAUUAAAUUAUAGCGGUUCUCUGGGAAUUAUUUCAGUCCUUCUCCUUCUUAUGGAUAGCUUCGUUGGCGCUAAGCGUUGUCCUCACACCAACUUUUUGCUUCUGAAGUCACCAAAAAAUGGUGAUGUAGCAGGUCUAGCGGGGAGACAACCUUAACGAUCAGUAUCGAAGCCCCACAAUCAGCUGAAAGGCUCCCUUAACCUCUGAUAGGGCUCAAAAGUAUGGGUGAGUCUUGCCUACUCAUGGCCUGUCAGAGCCAUAUCGCAGGCUCGAGAAUUGUAGCGUAGGACUUUGUGUAGGGUCAUCUGCAGUAAGAAAAAAAGUCCUAAGGUCAUCCUCUAAGCUAAAACCCACCCCAAAGAACUAUCUCCAUAUAGCUCACCUUUCCGGCCCCUGAUCAGCUCACGAGGAUUUCACGUAAGAUCACCCAUUUUAAUAAUUCUUCUGCAGAUGAGGAUUCUCAGGUUGAACUUGAGUAUCACUAUAAGCAGUUUCUAACAGCAAUAAUAAUCCAUACCGUUCAUUCAAUCGCUGGACCAGCUUCUCUGCCUCUUUUGUUUUGGAUUUAUGGAAAGUACAUUUGCACGAAUAUUGGUUUUGGGAAUACCCGAUUUUACUAUAUGGAAGUCUUGAUAUGGAUAUGAACGGUGCAGAUAAUUUAAAGAUCUUUUAUUUUGAUGGUUCUUGUCUUUGUGAGAUUUUUUUUUAAUAAAACUAUAGAGCUAUUUGUAAAACGCAAGAAGAAAUAGAUUAAAAAAUCUUGAAAUAAUUUACAAGCAAAAAGUCCCUAAAAUAAUAGCCUAAAACAAUUUGCAAAAUAAUCAUGAUUAGACAUAGCAAUAAGUAGAUAAAUAUAUUUAAAAAUGCAAAAAAAACCCAAAUGAAAAAAUAUGACCAAAAAAGUCUAUGUUGGUAAUUUACCAUGAAGACCAGAAUGGUGCUGAUUAUUGUAUUUUGGUCUGUAAAUACCAAAGAUUUUGAACUAUGACAGUGCUUAAUUUUUACAAGCAUAUGCACUCAGCUCCUAAGAAUGACCCUUAUUUCUUUAAAAUACGGGUACUAUACUGUUGAUAGGUGGACGCUUAUGGGGAUGGAAAUGAUUCCUACAAAGAAGCUAGCAGGCGAGUUUUUAAUUCAUUCAUGGCUUAGACUUCCAGUUGAAGUCAUUGAUCACGAACUAAUUCAAGCUUUUAACAGGCUCAAUAAGUCCCCAUGCGAUCUUUGCAUGACUUUUGAAAUGCCGCUUGCUGAUUCAUGCAAAGAGUGCAUGGCUAACUCCCUAUUUAUGAAAAUUGUUUUGGAUAAAAGAUUAUAAGUUAUAUUAAAUUUAUAAGUCAAAAAUAUUAAAUAAAGAAUGUAAGUAUCAGGCUGAAUAUGGAAUUGAGAUCUUGCAUAAAGAUCCAGAACCUCAUAAAGGAAACGAAUGCUAUUCUACGAUGAUUCUAGCAAGACUUAUGAUUGAAUUUGUUGUAGAGCAUACUAAGAUCCGGCUCGAAGUUAUCAUGCUUAAGCUUUUUGCUAUUACUUAUAGCCUGUUACCAUUUUUGGUAAGAUACCUUAAGCAGGACAAAAUGCAAGGCACGGAUCCUUUAUUUAUUAUAUUCGCUAUAUGAAGCUCUUUCAUGAACUUUAGGCUUAGUUAUGGCUUUAUCUUAUUUAUUUACAUUGGCGUUUUUGAUUUCAGACGAAAAAAAAUGCUGAUGGACCAAUGCUCAACCAUGAUUAGCGAUAAGGAAAUCAUCGGGACGUUCUCUUAUGAGCACAACACCCCAUUGCUCAAUAUGCAAGACCCGAGAACAGUCGAGUCUUGAUAUUCAAUGAGGCAAGCUUUCUUAGAUUUUGGGAGAAAAUACACUUAUCGGAUUUUUUUGUAUGCUGGCCUUGUGCUUGCUUUAUGCUUCGUUAUUCUUGUUUUUGUCUUGCUGCAGCUAUUUAGCCCUCAGCAGAAUAUAAAGAGCAGUUCUUUUACGUCCAUAUUCUUUUUGACUAUCAUUUGUCUUGGAUUUAUCAUUCACAUGAUAAUAUCAGGAGUCGAGCUAAACCGUGCCUUUGCUGUGCAUAGGGAUUUAUUGCUGAAUAUAAUGGAAUUAUUAGUAAAAGAGUCUGAUUAUAAGGACGACGAUUGUACACAGUCGUCGUUGAAAAUUCUUGAGCUGGAAAUCAAAAAGCUUGAGCAAGAUGAAUUGCUGCGACCUAUAAAAAUCAUGGGAGUCAGAACUGAUUCUGUAUUUUUUGCUAAAAUGUUGGCUGUAUUUUUUAGUGGGGUGCUUGCAAUAGGACAACUGUAUCUUAAAAGCAACUCAAAUAAUGUUAUAUAA